AAGUUUAGCAUUUUUAUUCUACUCAUUAUUUUUCGUUUCUUGUCUUUAACAGUACUUCUUACGCUGGGAGACGACUUUGGAUAUGAUGGAAUCACAGGACCAAAUUACUGGGGCGAGAGAUAUCGAGAAUGCGCAGGAAAGCACCAGAGUCCUAUCAAUAUCAACAUUCUGCAUGUUAAACAUAUAAUUCUACCAGAUAUAGAGUUCAUCGGCUUUGAUGACUCGAUCGACGAUGUACACGUCACCAACAAUGGACACACAGUAUUAAUUGAAGUGAAGAAUGAACCUCAUCCGAGGGUUCGCGGUGGGCCUUUAGAUGGUGAUUACAUCUUCAGCCAGAUGCAUUUCCACUGGGGAGAUAACGACACGUUUGGCUCUGAAGAUACUAUCAAUCAUAGGAGUUUUCCUAUGGAAUUGCACAUGGUGUUCUUCAAAGAAGAGUAUGGAACCCCAACCAACGCAGUGAAGCAUCACGAUGGAUUAACAGUGCUAGCAUUUUUUUACGAGUUGGACCGUCAUCAGCAUCCAGCUUACGAUGAUAUAACAUCCGCAUUAGCGAAUGUAACCGAACCCUAUACUUCCGUGGCGAUGAGCCAUCCCUUUUCAUUCCUCAACAUUUUGCCUUACGAUUUGAAGAGGUACUUUACUUACAAGGGCUCACUGACGACUCCGCCUUGUUCUGAAGUUGUCAUUUGGUUGGAUUUCGAGCAGCCUAUUAGAUUAACACACGAUCAGAUAGAAACGUUUCGUGAAAUCAAAUCAGCACACGGAAAGAUCACUCAUAAUUUCCGACCAAUACAGCCAAUCGGUGACAGAAUUGUAUUUUAUAACAUUGACAACAGCUACUUUAGUUACAACACUAUAGAUGAAGAUGAAGAGGAACAUAAAGACACGCAUCCAAAACGAAAGAAGCAUCGCAAUAAUGCACAAAAUAUAUUAAGCAAUUAUACUUUAAUUUUAUGCAAUGUCUUGCUUUUAGUAUAUGGUAUUCACUUAAGUCCAUUAAUUUCAGAGGUCUCUUUCACGACUGAUUUCUAAAAUUAAAAUGCAAAGGUGAUUUUGCAUAAUAUUUCGUUUUGACACUCGGAUUUGUUAGCAGAGACCCAAUAGAACUAUGUAGUAUUAGGGAAAAUUAUAAAGACUGUUUGUGUAUUUUAUGUGAUAGUACAUUCGCCUAAAAUUUAAAUCGACAUUUUAAAUCACCUUGUAACGCAAUGUUAGUGGAGUUUGUGUGAUUUGGUUGUUGUUCACAAUUUUCACGUUUUUGUGUGGUUAAAAGAUAAGGUUUUGUUGAAGAUGUGAAUAAUAAUAAAAAAUGCAUCAUUAUAAAUUUGGAGAUAGUUCUGUAUACUUAAAAUAUUGUUUUAUUUAAAUUAUGAAGUUUAUUUUUAUUUAAUGCCAUUACGUUUACGUAUACAGGGUUUAUGGGAACAAUUCAAAUCACCGUAGGCCUAUUAAAAUGUCUAGAACGACUAAUGAUUUAAUUAGAAUUAGUUUUGUGGCAACUAAUUUAUUAUUAUUAACAUAUAGUAAAAACUGUUAGAAAAUUGUUCCGUAAAGUAUAAAUCUGAUUAUUACAUGUACAUAUUUAUCUAUUUAAAAAGUGGUAGGAAUAAUUUAUUAUAUAAAUUAACAGACUAACGAGAGAUAUCGUUUACAUAAUGACUAGUAUACUGUGAUAUUAAAAUACUUUGAGAUUAAAUUAACUGUUUUAUUAAAAUAGAUUUAGAUAUACAUAUCACUUGGUGUUUUGUGAAGACAAGAAUGGUAAAAUAAUCUAUCAUGAGUGGCUUGUGGAUCCUGUUGAAGUACUGAUCAUGAAUCUGUAUUUAAAAUGCUCCACUCUUUAAAUCAGAUCCAUAUUCAUGUUCAUUUUUGUUCUAGUUUUUAGCUAAGACAAAGAGACUAAUGGCACACUUAUAAGUGAGCGUUUACCUAGACCCUUAACAAAACAACGAGAAAGCCAGUGCUCUCCUUGAGACAUAAAGAUAACUCUUUCAUAAUCAAAGUACAAUAACUAAUAUACAAAAAGAAAAAGAUUUAAAAGUCAUCUAAUUGCAUUAGGAGUUCAGAGCUCACUGUAACAUGAAUUUUGCCAUCCACCUGAGUUUGGAGGUCAAAAUCAGAAUUCUAAGGCUGUUCCACCCUUCAAACCUAUAGAUAAGAUGAUGUGACCCCAAAUAUAUGGAUCUUAAUUAUGCUUCAUCAACAAUACUUAUACAAAUUUAAUAGGUUUAGAGUUUUUUU